AUGGACACCAGCAAAGAGAAAAUACUCCAUAUUUUACAGUUUUCCUUCGAUAAAGGCGAAAACGCAAGCCAGGCGGCUGAAAAUGUGAAUAGUGUUUAUGGUCCUGAUGCUGAGCUAAACAUUGCACAAAAAACCGUUUGGAACCACUUGAAUAAGGCUGGAUACAAAAAGAAGCUCGAUGUAUGGGUGCCACACGAGUUAACGCAAAAAAACCUCAUGGACCGAAUUUCCAUCUGCGAAUCGCUGCUGAAUCGCAACAAAAUCAACCCAUUUCUGAAGUGGAUGGUGACUGGUGAUGAAAAGUGGAUCACUUACGACAACGUCAAGAGAAAACGAUCGUGGUCGAAUCGCGGUGAGCCGGCGCAAACGGUGGCCAAACCAGGAUUGACGGUCAGGAAGGGAAUCAUCUACUAUGAGCUGCUCCCCUACGGCCAAACUCUUAAUUCGGACCUGUACUGUCAACAAUUGGACCGUCUGAAGGAAGCAAUCGCCCAGAAGCGGCCAGCGUUGGCCAAUAGGAGAGGAAUUGUGUUCCAUCAGGACAACGCAAGGCCAUACACAUCGAUAGUGACUCGCCAGAAGCUUCGGGAGCUUGGUUGGGAGGUUCUUAUGCAUCCACCUUAUAGUCCGGACCUGGCUCCAAGUGAUUACCAUCUGUUCCUGUCUAUGGCGAAUGAUUUUGCUGUAAAGAUGUCUGAACUAUUGAAAAAUCGUAAAUGUCCUGGUUGUGAUAAGAUUUUAUCUAAAGCAUCUUGUGGCUUAUGUGUGGGAGUAGGCAGUUUUAGCGAUCCACCGGAAGUUCCAGGUCUGGCACAUUUCCUUCAGCGCAUAAUUUUCAUGGGAUCCGGAAAUCAUUCAAAUGAAAACGGUUUUAAUGAAUUUAUCAGUCUCCAUGGUGGCACUACUGAUGGCAAAACAGAUUGCGAGUGUACAGUGUAUUAUUUUGAUGUAUAGGGAUAUUUAUCUGCAGCUCUUGAUCGUUUUGUUCAAUUAUUCAUUGAACCCUUGAUAAAGAAAGAUGACAUCACGAGGGAACGAGAGGCUGUACAAAGAGAGUUUCAAUGGAGUACAUUUAAGGACAAAAAUACAAAGGGAAAUUUUUUAUCUUUUAUCGCACGACCUGAUCAUCCAGCCAGUAAGUUUCUUCGGGGUAGUUCAAUAUCUUUAAACAAUGAUAUAGAUGAUGACAAGUUGUACGAAAAGUUGCACGAAUUUAGAAAGCGCCAUUAUAGCGCGCACAGAAUGAUGCUAGCUAUACAGGCAAGGUUAUCACUUUCUACGCUGGAACAAUGUGUCACAAAAUUUUGUAAUACUAUACCAAAUUACGAUCUGCCCCCCGACGAUUUUAAUAAAUUUGAAGAUAGCCUUCCAUUUGAUACUGACGCUUUUAAAAAAAUGUAUCACAUUAAAGUUUGCAAAGAUGUCAACCAAAUACAUGUAACAUGGGCUUUGCCUUCACUACUUAAUUUGUACAGAAGUAAACCAUGUAAAUAUAUUUCAUGGAUUAUCGAACAUAAAGGAAAAGAUUCUUUAACUAGUUAUCUACGUAAAAAAAUGUGGGGCCUUGAUGUGUUUUCUGGUACUUAUAAUAACGAUAAUGGUUUCGGAUACAACUCUAUGUAUAUUUUAUUCGAGAUUAUAGUAGAACUCACCGAUGAGGGAGUGAAACAUCAGCGAGACGUUCUAGAUGCAGUAUUCUCCUUCAUCAAUUUAGUAAAAAGGACGGGUCCACAAGAAAGUAUUUAUAAUGAACUUAUUAAGAUUGGAAAAAAUAAUUUUAGGUUUUUUAGAUUUUUUAGUCAACACGAUGGUGUGUUCGAUAUAUGUAAGAGUAUGCAUUUCUAUCCGUCGCGUGAUUAUGUGACCGGAAAAUAUAUUUAUUUCGAGUAUAACCCAGAAGCUAUACAAAAAUGUUUGGAUUUCUUGGUACCAGAAUCGAUUAAUAUAAUGAUUUUCAAUAAUGAUGUUCGAUUGGGUAUAGUCGAGAAAUUUUCGAAAAUACGCUACACGAGUACUGAAAUAUCGAAAGAAUCGAUCAAACGCUGGAAAUUUAUCGAGCCAUUGCCUAAUUUUCAUUUACCAUCAAGCAAUGAAUUUUUUGCCAAUAAUUUUUCUAUCAUACCGGUAUCAGCAGAAGCUUCGAAAUACCCUGUAAAAAUACACCAAGAUCGUAUGUCGGAGAUUUGGUUUUGCCCGAAGUUUCAUUGGCCGAUGUGUCAUAUAAAUCUACAUAUUGUUUCUCCUAUGUCUCGUCGAGUAGCAAAAAAUGCAGUUCGCCUGCAAAUGUACUGCAAUGUAAUAAAGUAUCUAAUACUCGAAGACUUACACCCGGCUGUAACGGCUGGGUUUAGUUAUGAAAUCGAUGUGAAUGAACAAGCUACAGGUAUUAUAAUACAAAUAAGAGGAUUUAACGAAAAUCUUCCAACCUGGUUGAUGGUUAUUGCAAACUAUAUGAAUUCAGUCUCUUUUUCGAUGGACUUGUUUAAAAUUAUAAAAACGCAACAAGUCAAGGCAUAUUACAACUUUAUAGAUCCGGAGAAGUUCGUCAAGGAUGUAGAAUUACGGAUAUUGAAGUAUGGCAACUGUACACACGUUCAUAGAUACAGUGCUCUACGUAAAUUUAAUUUUGUAAAGAUCCGAGAUUUUUUACAGUCCUUUACCAACAAUCUGUACUUCCAAUGCCUCGUAGAAGGCAACGUAACGAAAGACUUUACGAUGAAUAUGAUACAACAAUUUAUCAACAAAAUUAGCCGUGAUUCCUUGAAUGUUAAGAUGUUGGCUGCUUCAUUCUAUAAGAUACCCCGAGGCACAUCUUAUUUCAAAUAGAAAAAUAUUAACCCAACGGAUGUAAACUCGGUAGUGACAAAUUAUUAUCAAAUCGGUUCUGCUACGAUUGAAUUGUCGGUGUUAAUCCAGCUGAUGGUCAUGAAAGAAUUAAUGAAAGAAUUAAUGAAUCAUCUACGAACCAAAGAAAUGCUUAGUUAUAUUUCGUGCGAUUUUAGAGAUGUGAACGGAAUGUUAGGAUAUUCUAUUACUCUUUACACUCAGGCAGAUAAAUACACAACCGAAUGCGUUGAUCAAUGGAUCGAGGGAUUUCUGAAUUCGUUUAGAAUUAUGUUGGAACAGUUCUCAGAAGAGAAAUUAGACGAUGUCAAAGAAGGACUGAGAAUUUUUAAGCAAUACGAUGAUACCUAUAUUCUGAAAAACAAAGUUGACAGAGACUAA